GCCCAGUUUGAGGACCCCCUUUCUUCUGCCUCCAUUCAGUCCCUGCAGGAGCAGAGACCCCUGGCAAUCCUCCUCAUUCUUGCAUCAUUUGCCCCUGCUCGAAAGCCUCAGUCUUUGUGCGCAUGUUCCACUGGCGUUUUGUGUCGUCGCUCAUCCUCCAUUGGCUGGCCGCGCUGCGCGCUCAGUCUGUGCGCCGGAGCAGCCCUGUCCAGGCGGAGUGCGUGCGCAGACGCGCGUGUGAGUGUGUGCCUUCAACCCACGCUGCUUCUCACGUCUGACAAGGAAAAGCUAGCGGAAUAAAAGAAGUUGAAGAUGGGGAAAGCCAGCGAGAUCAACGGACACGCCAUGCCCAGCUCCGAGUCCACCGCCCGGAUCCUGGAGAGGAGCGAGGAGACGGCCGAGGAGAGGAGCAGGGAGAGCGGCUGCAGGCGGAGGCUGAUGGAGUUCCUGAGGAGGAACCUGCUGGUGAUCCUGACCGUGUCCGGGGUGCUGCUGGGCGUGGGGCUCGGGAUGGUUGUCCGCAACAUGAAUUUGAACAGAGCGCAGAUGACCUACUUCGCCUUCCCCGGAGAAAUGCUGCUCCGCAUGCUGAAGAUGAUCAUCCUUCCCCUGGUGGUCUGCAGCCUCGUGUCCGGCGCUGCCAGCCUGGAUACCCGCUCGCUGGGGAAGCUGGGGGGCAUCGCCGUCGCCUACUUUCUCGUGACCACGCUGAUCGCCUCGGGGAUCGGGGUGUCGCUGGCCUUCAUCAUUAAACCGGGGGUGGGUGCGGGAGCCCUGAACACCAACAACCUGGGGCUGGAGAGCGUGAGCAGCAACAAGGAGACCACCGACUCCUUCCUGGACCUGGCCAGGAAUUUGUUCCCAGCAAACUUGGUGGCUGCUGCUUUCCGUUCUUAUGCCACUGACUAUAAGAUGGUUUCUCUGGGUAACAACACCAACGGGACAACCAUUUACCAAAAGGUCCCUUAUGGUACUGAAGCUGACGGCAUGAACAUUCUGGGCCUGGUGCUGUUUGCCAUGGUCUUUGGCGUGGCGUUGCGUAAGCUGGGAGAGGAGGGGGAGGAGCUCAUUCGUUUUUUCAACGCAUUCAACGAAGCCACUAUGGUGCUGGUGUCCUGGAUCAUGUGGUACAUCCCCUUUGGUAUCAUGUUUCUUGUGGGCAGUAAGAUUGUGGAGAUGGAGGAUGUCGUUCUUCUGGUUACCAGCCUUGGAAAAUACAUUUUUGCCUCAAUCCUGGGUCACGUCAUCCAUGGAGGCAUUGUCCUCCCCCUCAUCUACUUUGGUUUUACGCGGAAGAACCCUUUCAGCUUCCUGUCUGGCCUCAUCACGCCAUUCACGACUGCCUUUGCUACAUGCUCCAGUUCAGCAACUCUCCCCUCCAUGAUUAAGUGUGUGGAGGAAAACAAUGGCGUGGACAAGCGCAUUAGUCGUUUCAUCCUGCCCAUCGGCGCCACCGUAAACAUGGAUGGAGCGGCCAUCUUCCAGUGCAUCGCUGCUGUCUUCAUCGCUCAGCUCAACAACAUAGAACUAAACGCUGGACAGAUCUUCACCAUCCUAGUGACAGCUACCGCGUCCAGUGUCGGAGCGGCAGGCAUCCCCGCCGGCGGCAUCAUCACCAUCGCCAUCAUCCUCGAGGCCAUCGGUCUGCCGACGAACGACCUUUCCCUCAUGCUGGCUGUUGACUGGAUUGUAGAUCGCACAACCACGGUUGUGAACGUGGAGGGCGACGCUUUGGGCGCAGGAAUCCUCCACCACAUCAACGAGCAGGAAGCGAAAAAGCAGCAGAAGCAGCCGGAGGAGGAGCUGGCGGAGGUCAGGGUGGACGUGGUGGCCAACGCCCAGGCAGAGGAGGAGACAUCGCCGCUUGUCAUGCGGCAAACCAAAUUCUUAGAGGUCACGCCGGAGGCUAUAGAAUCUGUCCUGUGAACACAACCAGACUUUGUUUCCUUUUAUUUGCCCCGACCAUUUAACUUGCAACAGUUGUGAUGAUAGAGCGCCUGUUCAUCACCGCUGUGAGAAAGAACGGCCUUUCUAAAAAUUAGAUAGUGGCCACAGAUACAACUAUUUUAUUGAGGAUAGGGUUUAAAAAAAUAUGUAAAAAAAGUGAUCCCUUCAGAUAAUAAUUUAUCGGUUGUACCUUACGUUUUUAAACCCCUUUUAGGCAUUUUGCUAUAAAUUCAAAGGAAAAACUUUAAACUGUGUCUAGACAAAAACAUUCCCAUAAAAGCUGGAGUUCUGUUUUUUGUGGUAGUCUACUUCUUUCUAUUUAUCUUGAGACAGCAAAAGAAAAAAAGGAGCAUUGAGAGUUGACAGCCGAUCCCUGGGAAGUCAACAAUGUCCUGGAAAAGCUUUACACUGUCUUUACACUGUCUGUUCUAACUAUAUUAUACAUUCCAUCGUUUGAUUUUAGAAGGAAGAAGGAAGUGUUCAGUUUUGACUUCUUUGUGUAAUUAGCCAUUUGUUACAGCUUUUUUGUCAUUUUUUUUGUUACCAUCUACAGUCAUGCCUAAAGAUUAUGUUGGCUUUUUUUGCUGACUGUUGGCAGUCGAUGUCAAAGCUGGUAAAUGACAGGGAGGGUGUCAAAUUGGUUUUUAUUUUUUUUUAAAUUUUCUCCUCAUAAAAUAUUUAGGACAAAGCAGUAAAUGCUGUGGAGCACUUUGAAGGCAGAAACAAUGUGGUUCUGAUGUGUGAAAACCUGUUCAUGAUAACAUAAUAUUUGAAUGAAGUCAAAACCACUGGUUUCCGAGUCUCCAAAGCCACAAAACAAUUGGGAAAAUCAAUAUUUGCUGCCUGUUCAUCAGUGUUUUACAAGUUUACAAAUGAUGGCAGCCAGCUGUUGCCCCACCCUUCCCUUUAUAAAGUCAGCCUGAAUUUGUUUGCAUUGACUUUUUUUGUCUACUUUUCUCCUAUUUUAUAACUAGAUUUCAACAAAGUCAAUGCAAUGUUGAAUGUUUCCCUUUUAACCAGAAAACAAAUUGCUCCGGUUUUCACUUGGCUGCUAACGUUAGCUUCACACACGGAAAACUUUCUCCCACACUGGAAAUGGUUAUACUAUUAUUUAAUAAUAGUACUGCCUUCACAACUUUGCGCAUGUUGGUAUAAUGACGUGCUGUGCUAGCCUACUUCAACGUUCAUUUGUUGUAUUGGUUUAAAUAUGAGUGUGCAUGAAGUCACAUUUGGGUGAGUGUUUGCUAACAAACUAAUGAGAGCCUAAAGAAAUGUCAGUGUGCUGCUACUAGCUAACUAGGUUUAUGAUUCUGUGUUGAUUGUAGGCUUCAUGCCGGUCCUCCAAAAGUAAAUAUGGUGACCGGUAAUUGAGAAUAAAAAUAUGUUCACACUGGGCAUGAGACGCGCUUUCAAGAACGCGAUGAACGUGCAUUUUGCCACAUGGCGUUCACACUUGACUGACGCCACUCCAUACUGGAGAUGUGCGCCACCUACAGUAGGAAGAGGCUUGGUGCAAAAUGGCUCCAGGUUUUUCUUUCACAGCUCUAUUCCGGCAUAUGAACGACUUGGUGUCAGAGAAUUAAGUUCAGGUACAAACUACAACUAUCAAUUUCUCAUCUAUGGUCAAACAGUUGAUACUUCCGUGAAUUAAAAGGGACGCCAUCUGUACAUCACUACCUUAUCCACGUCUCUGAUGUUUAACUUUCAACAUACCUUCUGUGGCUGUGUGUUUUGUAUGUAGAGCCUGAAAACAUUCUUAAAAGUGUGCGUCGCUACGUGUGAACGCAAGUUUACAUAGAUUUUUCAUUGAAAGUAGCCACUUGAGCAUGCAUUACAGAGAGCGGUGUGAAAGUAGCUUAACAGUCACUGUGAUUGACUGAUGCAUUGAUCUAGGUUAUCCACUUCUUUUGAAUAGCUGCUGCUAUGUUGUUACUAUCAGGAGUGGUUACAGGAAAUUUUUGAUUCAUACGUUUUAUUGGGCAUUGGAUUUAUGUCGGAUACCCUUCCUGACACAACCCUCUGCAUUUACCUGGACUUCAGACCUUCCGACUUCAGACCUUCAGCAUCGGGCCCCUUGCUGUUGCAUUGUUGCUUUGUUUUGACUUGUAUCCAGACAAUCCCCUUUUUCAAACUCUAGUCUUCGGCUAACUCUUUAGCCGGUGCAGCUAAAGUUGAAAAGUAAGAUAAAAGUAACAAUUGAAGCUGCAGGCAGCAUUGACUUAAAGAAAAACGUCAUAGCUGAGAUGUGUUAAGCUAAUAAGCUGCCAUGUCCCAGUUAACUUGCAACGUCCACCACAUGACACAUUAGCAACAGCUACAGCAAAAAGAACCCAAAAUUUAUUUUUUGUCUUUUCUGGUCUAUCUUUUUAGUUGUUGAACUCUGUCUGCUGUAAAGAGUUCAUGUUGUUAUCGUUAGCUAACACUUUACCAAGGUUUAUCUGACUUUUUUUUUAAAGGUCUAAUAAGACAGAACAACAAUGAAAAAAGGAUUUUUAGUUAAAAGAAGAAAAACUGUUGAGAUGCUACAUUCAAAUUUAAUUCAGAAGCAUGAUUGCUUCCCAGCAAGGCGCAUUGGUCUUGGUGUUUGCAUGUUCUUCUGAUGCACGCUUGGGUUUUCUCAGUGUACUCCAGCUUCUUCCCACACUCCAAAGAAUGUCUGAUCAUCUUCGUGUGAUUGGUGGGUUUGAACACCUUUAGGAGUGAGUGUGGUUGCUUGUUUCGGUGUGGUUUUGCGAUGGUACCAUCUUUGGUUGAUGAAAGCUGCAAUGCAAACAGGAUGAAGAGAGUAUUUAAAAUGAAAGAAUGGAUGUUUGUUAUCAGAAUUAUGUCUUGUUAUGGUCGAACACUGGACCAAAAUCAUAACUGAUUUUAGUCGGAUUUCUCCAUUUUUUUAGGGCCUUGCACAGACAUAUGAAAAAGUAUUAACUGAAAGCUUACAAAUGAAUAUUAGAAUAUACUUCUUAAUAUUUCCGUCUCACUUUUUAACACUGUUCGUAGUGGCCUAGAGUCAUGCAAAGCAGUGCUUGAUCCACCUCACAUUCUUUGUUUUCUAUCCCGACUCAUACUGCACAUUUUUGUUCAGUCCUCAUAAUCAAGAGUCAGAUUUUUAAAAAGCAGAAUAAUCUCCACAGACUGUCUGUUUAAUCACACCUGUUGCCAUAAUUGAUGUCCUCACACUCUUGGGGGACUGCUUUGUGCCAAAUCUCACCUGGUUUACACUUUUACAGAACUGACAUUGAAGCCAUUGCUGCCCUCUAGUGGCAUGUCUGUGAUUACACCACAGAAAAAAUGGUAUCAUUUUUGGAAUUAUUUGAUCGGUUACUCCACCUGAGAGUCGAGCAGGGAUUUCCAGCGCUUGGCUUUGUGGAACCUUUCUGUGAGGAAACUUUUGUUUUGUUGCUGUUACGUGUCGGAGAAGCUCACGAUGAUGUGUUGGGUCUGCUUUAGCAGAUGAUUUCACUGUGCGUGCCCAGGUCUUCUGCUGUAAAAAAAGUCAAGUAAAGGGAAGUGGUUUGCUUGAAAAUAUCCAAUCCUGUCUUAAAACAUUUCAUACAUUUUAUAAAUGGAUCGGUUCAUGUUUGUGGUAUGACAGAAGAUUAACAUUUUUUCUUGCACUUCCCUCAGUUUUCAUGUUUUGUUUUGAUGAAGAGGGAUUUUCUCAUAUUAUUGUUGGCUCUGGUUGUUUGCUGACAAGAGUUACUCAGCCAUUCAUCUGACAGCAGUGCGGUUCUGCUGAGGUCAUGAAUGCAAAAAAAGGACAGAGAUGAUUCAAGCCACUUUGAUGUUCCUAAAUCGUGUGAGUCAAUCCAUAUUUAAGAAUCUUUAGUUCUUGAUGCAAAACAAGUUGGAUUUUUAUUAUUUUGGCUUUUACCAGCUACAGACAAAUCUAUGAGAAAAAGGAAUAUGGAUAUGGUCAAACUGAAUUGGCACAAGGUGAAUGUUGCACAAACUCCAUUUAAAAUGUAGGUUAAACUCAAAAUAAUUUGUACAAAUAGCAAGAGUAAACUUACUUCAAAAUACUAAAACUUUAAGCCAUUAAAAAAAAGCAUUAAAAUAAGUGGAAAAACUGAAACAUUGGAUAGAUGUUAAGAAUCAAGCUGACUGAGAAUGUUAAUUAUCUAUCGUGAUCUGCAAGACUCAGUUUGAAGUCUGUGAGAACAUGUGGCAUACUUUGCACAACACCUUUUUCUCUAAAAUAGCCACAGCCGUCUCAUAUCUUCAACCCUAGUAACAUUCUCGCGAGUCCAACUGUUGCUUUCGUUUCUGAACAGCUCCUAGACUUCACAGCUUUCUUAAGAACACAUCACAUUAGGAAUUGAAAUAUGGAAUCUGAGAGAACGUCAGGAACUGAAAGACGGCCUUAAAGGCAGAAAAUUACACCUUUCUUUUUUGUGAAGGUCGGAUGGUAGAAAGUCUGAGUCUGGCAUCAAAAACUGAAGACUUUGAUCUGGAUUUUGUUAUUGUUUUACACCAUCUAAAGUAUCUUCAGUCAUCUUUCGUCAUUGUUCUAAAGACCCUGUGAAGUGAGUUACAUCUGUUCAAACAGGCUGAUGGAACAGAUGUAAUCAGAAUAUGUUUUUGCAUUUACUUAUGUUUGUACUGUUUGUACUUUUAACCCAGUUUUGUGUACAGUGUACCUGCUCCUAUCAAUCAGUUGUUACAGCAUUGUGCUGUUUCUCUGUGAUCCGUGUCAUGUCAGUUUUAUUAAUGCUCUCUUUGCUGUUAGUUUUGCUUUUCUGCCAACAUUAAAGAUGAUUUUUGUUCUCA